AUGUCACUACUGGAGAGGAAGUCAGUGUGUAUUAUAUCGGGUGCUAGUCGUGGUAUUGGAGAAGCCCUGGCUUAUCAGCUUGCUCAAAAUCUCGAAGCUGAAUCCUUGCUAAUCUUAUUAGCUAGAACUGGAUCUGACUUAGAGACAGUAAAAGGAGAGGUUAAUUUAGCUGGAAUGAUCACUUUAAAUGCCAAUUUCUUGCAAGCUUUUCCAGAUCAAGCUAAAGUAGUUGUGAAUAUGUCGUCUCAUGCAGCUGUCAAACCAUACAAAUGUUGGGCCGUUCAUUGUGCAAUGAAAACUGGAAGAGAAAUGUAUUUUAAAACACUUGCCUUAGAAGAACCAAGUAUAAGAGUAUUGAACUAUGGUCCAGGAGCAGUCAAAGCUGACACCACACUAAAUAUUUUAUUAAAUAAAAUAGAAGAUGAAGAGGUAAAACAAAGUUACAGAAAAAUAUUGGCAGAUGGGAAAUUCCUUCCUCCAAAAAUACCAUGUCAGAAAUUAAUUGAAAUUUUGAAGUGGAAUAAGUUUGAAAAUGGAGUUCAUAAAAGUAUCAAAGACAACCUUGAUUAA